AUGGUGUUCGAGGUAGCAGCAGCAAUGGCAUUGGCAUCCUUCGUAGGUGAGGCUGUUUCACCAUGGAGCCUGCUCUGCGGCCUCGCUGCCCUGCUCGUUCUUUGGGCGGCCUCACACGCCGCCGAGAGAUACUGGCUGAGGCCGCGGCGGCUCGGCCGGGCGCUCCGUGCGCAGGGUCUAAGCGGCACGGCGUACCGCUUCCCGGCCGGGGACUUCUCGGAGAACGUCCGGCUCAGCCAGGAGGCGCAGUCGAAGCCUAUGUCGCCGCCAUGCCACGACAUCGUUUCCCGCGUGUUGCCGCACCUCCAUAAUACAGUCAUGGAGUACGGCGAAGUCUGCAUCACCUGGUUCGGCCCGAUCCCCAGGGUCGUCAUCGCCAGGCCAGAGCUGGUGAGCCAGAUCCUAUCCAACAAGUCCGGCCACUUCGAGAAGUUCACAAACAAUAGUCUGGGAGAUCUCAUAAGCCGUGGGAUCGGGAGCCUCGACGGCGAGAAAUGGGCGACGCGCAGGAGGAUCCUCAACCCUGCUUUCCAUCUCGAAAAGCUCAAGGGCAUGCUGCCGGCUUUCUCGACGUGCUGCGCCGAGAUGGUAGGCAGAUGGGAGAGUAAGCUAUCUGCGGCUGGUGGAUCACACGAGCUGGACGUGUGGCAGGAGUUCCCGGACCUCGCAGGAGACGUGAUCUCCCGCACGGCGUUCGGGAGCAGCUUCGAGGAAGGGCGGCGGAUCUUCCUGCUUCAGGUGGAGCAGGCCGAGAGGGUCAUGAAGGCCUUCCAGUACAUGUACAUCCCAGGCUACCUCUUCUUGCCUACCGAGAACACCAAGAGGAUGAAGGCGAUCAAGCGGGAGGUGGAAGGGCUCCUGCGAGGGAUCAUCGAGAAGAGGGAGCGUGCAGUCGAGAAGGAUGGGCACAGUGGCAACGACUUGCUUGGCCUGAUGCUGCAGUCCAACAGGGCGUCCGAUUCCGGCCAGAGGAUGAGCACCGACGACGUGAUCGAGGAGCUCAAGCUCUUCUACUUCGCGGGGAUGGAGACCACGGCGGCGCUGCUCACGUGGACGCUCCUCGUGCUCGGCAUGCACCCCGAGUGGCAGGACAGGGCCAGGGAGGAGGUCCUGGGCGUCUUCGGGACAGACGACACACCCAGCUUCGACGGCCUAAGCAGACUCAAAACGGUGACGAUGAUACUGAACGAGGUGCUGAGGCUCUACCCGCCGGCGGUGACCAUGAACCGGAAGACAUCCAAGGAGACACAGAUCGGGGGCAUCACGUACCCUGCGGACAUAGUCCUCGAGAUGCCCAUCAUCCUGCUUCACCACAGCCCGGACCUCUGGGGGGACGACGUGCUCGAGUUCAAGCCCGAGAGGUUCGCGGAGGGGAUCUCCAAGGCGACCAAGGACGGCCAACCGGGGUUCUUCCCCUUCGGCUGGGGGGCCAGGAUCUGCAUCGGCCAGAACUUCACGCUGCUAGAGGCCAAGAUGGCGCUGACCAUGAUCCUUCAGCGCUUCGAGUGGCGGCUGUCACCUUCCUACGCCCACGCGCCGUGCACCGUCCUCACGCUGCAGCCACAGCAUGGCGCGCAGAUUAUACUCAAGAGUCUAUGAUGGCCGGCCGCUCAUCUUGUCCAGCUAUAGCAUCUUCGUUGUCACGCUUAAAAUCC